AAACGAGAUAAAAUGUGUUGUGAAAAUGCCAUGGUGUUGUAGGAAAACGAAAGGCUGGCGUAGUAAACGGACUACGCAACCAAAUACAUAUUUUCUCUUAAAUUGAUACACUUAAAGCUUUUAUUUUGAAGGCGACGAGAAAGCGAGCCCGUCCAAUCAGAGCAGCCGGAUCCAGGAAGGAAGUAUCUGAACAGUUGUUGCAACAAUAUGAAUAGGAACUUCCUCAUAAUUCACUACAUGUGUUUCCUCCUACAAAUGCUCUUUUGCUGAAUUUGUAACGCGAAAAAAAUACAGAAAGAAAGCAGAGUUUAAGAUGGGAUACAUGAUAGUAGAGGAGCACAGCUCCACCUUGCUCCACCUGAAGAGAUCUCCAGGCAUUCGUUCCUGGUCUCUUCUUGUCGGUAUAGCAUCUGUUGGGUUGGCAGCAGCAUACUACAGCUCAGACAGCAUCCCGUGGAAGCUUUUCUACGUGGCGGGCUGUCUGUUUGUAGCCAUGCAGAACAUGGAGGAAUGGGAGGAGGCUGUGUUUGACAAAACCAAGGACCUGAUUGAGCUGAGGACGUUCAGCUUGUACGCUUUAGUCCUGACCAUGUGGAAGAAGGGGCAAGAGAAAGUUGUGUUGGAUCUGACACAGCUGUGUGACAUCUGCGUCCAGGAGGAGAAGGUUCGUUAUCUGGGGAAGGGCUACCUGCUGAUGCUGCGGCUGGCUGCGGGCUUCUCCUACCCGCUGACUCAGAGUGCCAUGCUGGGGGGACGCAGUGAUGUGGAGGCGAUGGCUGCAUUACUGAAGCGCUUCCUGGGGCUGGAGGAGCUGAAGCAACGCAGGCAGCAGGAGGAAGAGGCAGCGUAUGGAGAGGAGGAGGAGGAGGAGGAGGAAGAUUCUCAGAGCAGUGCUUCAGAUGGUGAAGCAGACAAACUCUGAUCUCUCUGAGACUUACAACCUUGCUGCAACUUUGGGUGGAUUGAUUCAGGGUCAUUAUGGCAUCGCUAUGGCAUUACAGAGGGUUACACUGUUAGCAUGUGCAUGAAACACAAAGGAUGCAGCCUCUAUCAGUUUCUCCUCAAACUUCCUUCCUUGUCUUUUUUUUAUAUGUCAGGUGGGGUUAUGGCAGCCUCAGGAGGCUAUAGUGAAAUAUUUUGUAUUUAAUUUUCAUGUGAACUAGGAUGGAAAUUAAAUGUUUUGUCAUGUAAAUGUUUCAUGGUUCAGUCAAAGGUUUCUAAAACACUUCCAGGGAGUAUAUGGAAAAAGUGUACUGUAAAUGCAGCUCUCUGCAAAUGAAGCUUUUUGGAUCUAAUUACUAUUUGGGAAUACACUCCAGAUUACAGAUUUGCCGUGCCUUCCUACUGAACUCUAAUAAGUGUUUAUGUGUGUGAGUUAAUGGAAAGUGCUCUUAUCCCACAGUUUUCCGGGACCACCUAGUUGAUAAUCACCUUUCGCAUGUUUAUUCAAACCCCAGUCCGCACCGACCGGAUGACAGCAUGUGCAAACUGUAAUCGAGCAUGAGUGAUUCUCAAUCAAGGGUUAAUUAUCUGUGAAAUUACCGGCCUGUUGUGCUUUUUAUUUUUAACAGUUCUAUACUUUUUGUGAACCAAAGACUGAAUCUCAGGCGAACACUUUGAUGCUUUGGACAAACUAUUUUUUGUUUCUUCUGAAAAGUGUAGGGAAUCAUGGCUGUUAAAUGUUGAAUGUCGGUGUGUUCUGCUCUGCUUGGAAGAAAAUGGGAAGGUCUUUUUUUUUUGUUGGUUGAUUUUAUUGUCUUUGUUUACUUUGAUACAUUUGGAAGAAUUAUAUAAAAAUGAUUUAUAUACAAA